AUGGCCGCCGAACCAACCAACGACAGCGGCCCGGCGAGCGACGUGCCUACGCCCAACCCCAAGCCCAAGAAGCGAGUAGGGUGGCAUUCGAGCAGUGGCAGCGCCGGCGGCCAUUCCGCCGACGGCCUCGAUCCUCACCCCAACCAUGCCGACCCCUUCCGCUCCCCCAUGGCCUCUCCCCGGCUUUCCCCCGCCGUCCUCACGCCCCCCGGGGCUCCGGACGCUCGGGAGCUCAGGAUGGCCUUGACCAAGGUCCUGUCGGACGAGCAGGAGCAGAGGGAGCAUCAGGAGCGGAUCCAGCCCGUUCCUGCCAUCUUGGAGCCCUCCCCUCCCGCUGCGGCCACCCCCAGGACGCCCAGGCCGGCUCUGAGACGCAACACAAGCUACGACGCUCCGGAGGAACGCGAAAAGGCGGACUGGGCGGAGCAACGGACCAGCAAGAGGCAGCUCCACGCCCUGGACGACGCACGCCAGCGUGCGAACCGCUUGGCCCUGUCGGUGGGGAGUGCCUCUGCCCCGGGAUCGAGACGUAACUCGGACGAGCUCGAGGCUUCAUUCCAGCAGCCGCUGAUCGGCAAUGCUGGUGACCACACCAGGUCGCCGGCAGAUGACGGCAUCGUGGCGUCCCAGGACCAACUGGACUAUCUGGACCACCUGCAUCGCCGCACCCCCUACAGUCACAGGCGUGGCCGCGUCGUCGACGACCAGACGACCGCAGAGACGCUUGUCCGGUCCCACACGCGCCGGGACAGGAGCAGAGACCUCUUCCAUCGUGAACCAGCUUCGUCCGGCACGAGCACCCCGGUUCUCACCCAGGCUUAUACACAAGACUACGUCCCUCGCCCCGAAAAGUAUCGUGGCGGCAUCCUCUCCUCGCUGCUCAGGCUCUACCACGACCAUGAUCGAGGGGCCGGCAGCAACAACAGCAGCGGAUACACAACGCCCGUUCAGUCGUCGACUCCUCUCAUGUCGCCUCGCUCGUCACCUCCCUCGUCCAGGUCUCCUUCGAGGCCCCCUUCCACAGCUGGGGGCACCCGCUCACGGACCAGCAGUGGCUUGUUCAGCAACCGCAGGGCACGCCACUCAACGACGUCCCUGACCGAGCUCAUCAAGUCGUCUUCCAUGUUCGCCGCCCCCGGGGCGAGCGAGAUCCAUGAUCAAUGGGCCGACAGGCUGAAGAAGGAGAAGCUUCACAAGCCCAAGAAGGAGCAGAUCCGUGUCACCGUCCACAUCGCCGGCAUCAUCUCGCGCCACCGCUAUCUCUUGAAGCUAUGUCGUGCCCUCAUGCUGUACGGUGCCCCGACGCACCGACUCGAGGAGUACAUGACCAUGUCAUCCCGGGUCCUCGAGAUAGAAGGGCAGUUCCUCUACAUGCCAUCGUGCAUGAUCAUCAGCUUCGAUGACAGCACCACGCAUACCACCGAGGUCAAGGUCAUCCGAGAGCCCCAGGGCAUCGACCUCGGAAAGCUAAGAGACGUCCAUAACAUCUACAAGGAAGUUGUUCACGACAAGCUCGGCGUGGAGGAGGCGACGGAGCGGCUUGACGAGGUCAUGAAGCGCCGACCCAAGUUUCGUACCUGGUUUCGAGUGCCCAUGUAUGGCAUUGCGUCGGCGUGUGUGGCACCAUUCGCCUUUGAGGGCCGAUUCAUCGACCUCCCCAUCGCCUUUCUUCUCGGCUGCAUCGUCGGUCUGUUGCAGCUUGUCUUUGCACCGAGCAACGAGCUGUACGCCCACGUCUUCGAAGUGUCGGCCGCCGUCAUCACCUCCUUCCUCGCCCGCGGUUUCGGCUCCAUCAAUAAUGGACAGCUGUUCUGUUUCAGCACACUGGCGCAAAGCAGCAUUGCCCUGAUCUUGCCUGGGUACAUGGUGCUGUGCAGCUCGCUUGAGCUCCAGAGCCACAACAUCGUCUCUGGCAGCGUCCGCAUGGUCUACGCCAUGAUCUAUACGUUAUUCCUCGGAUAUGGCAUCACUAUCGGGGCCUCCCUCUACGGAAUGAUGGACAAGAACGCUACCAGCGCCACACACUGCCAGAAUCCGCUCAACCGCGGCUGGUAUUUCCUGUUUGUGCCCGGCUUCACGCUCUGCCUCUGCAUCAUCAACCAGGCAAAAUGGAAACAGACCCCCAUCAUGACCUUCAUGGCCUUGGCUGGCUUCUGCGUCAACAGCUACUGCAGCACGUACUUUGAGGGGAACAGCCAAAUCUCCAACAUGCUCGGAGCAUUGACGAUUGGCAUCCUCGCCAACCUCUACUCGCGACUGGGACGACACGCGGAGAACCUCUGGCUGGACUUUGUUGAGUGGUGGGAGUACAAGAUGAGGCCGCGAUUCACUCGCAGGAAGCGGCCGACUGCCGACACGUGGUCCCUCCCGUCCAUGUCCGAUGUCGAGUCGCGUCCCGGAUCGCCCGAGAAGCCGCACCGCCACCAGCGCAAGGUGGGCUACAGUCUUGCAGCGGCGGCCAUGCUGCCGGCCAUCUUCGUGCAAGUCCCCUCUGGUCUCGCAGCAGGCGGCUCGCUCCUCGCCGGCAUCACAUCUGCGGACCAAAUCACUCGGAACGGAACACAGGGCGGCAACAGCACCGUGGACACGAGCGCCAAGACCAUGGGUAGCCUGGACGGUACGGCCUUCAACGUCCUGUUCAGCGUCAUCCAGGUGGCCAUUGGAAUCAGCGUGGGCCUCUUCAUGAGCGCCCUCAUCGUCUAUCCGCUGGGCAAGCGGAGGAGCGGCCUUUUCAGUUUUUAA